AUGUGGCUCAAGCUCAAGGAGAAUAGGUACCUACCUACCGGAACGAAUAAUCAGGGCACCAAGGUACCUGAGGCACCAGAGACGAAACUCCCGCGACACAUGGAAGGUGACGGCGACAUCAAGCAGCCCUUCUCUUUGCUGAUCAUCACCUUAUUUUUGCUUUGCGAUGAAUCAUUAUCGCUACAUCUCCAAGGAAUUGCAUCUUUUGCUUGGAAGAACAAUUACAAUCUGAUGGAUUGGCACCAGACAAGCGGCCAACUCUGCUUAAGUACUGAAACUACAAUCGGUCCACAGGUUGUGGCUCACGGGCGAGGGAGGAGCACAAAUCAUGGUCUGUACCUGCCUAACUCAAGUUACACAAAUAGACAGGACAAGAAUGGGAAGCUACAUAGAAACAAGGAGAGGUUUCGGCCUUUCAUUCACGAAAUGCAUCCAGGUAAAGAAAGGAAUGGCCAUACUCCAGCAACGUACAGCAACCAUCAAAUGUGCUCGUAUCUCCAAGUUUGGCCUGAGCUCUGGAAAUGCGCCAAAGGAAUCUUGGCCGAGGAUGCGCCUAUGGAAGCUCGAACAGCAUCGUCUUCAGUGUCGAAGUCCAUUGGAGAGCACGAGAUAUAUGGACUUGGUUCACCGGCUGCUCAUAGCAGGCAGCAACCCAAAGCCGGGCUCCUCCAUUCGGAGUCCCAGCUUGUUAUUACAUCGGCGACCUUGGGUAUGCCCAGGGCAAAAUGCCUAGGCAGAGCAGCCUCCGACCCGCCCCAGAGCAUUGUCACAUUUGAGUCCUUCCGUCACUUUGGUCAUAACUCAACGUCGCAUUCGGCCUCUCGGCGACCCUUGCGCGACCCGGCUCUUCCAUCCGCAGCUCGGCCCAUGUCCAUGCAAACUCGCCUCAACGACCCCAACGUCGACAUUCAGCCGACUGCCCGCAUCGACAUCAUUGGGAUCAGCCGUAUGCUAAGCUCCUGGCCCGACUCAUCAUCGCCCUCCAACUUCCAAGGUUUGAAGCUUUCGAUGCCCGUUCAUCUUGUUGGUAUUGAUCCCUCCAGCCGUGCAUUUUGGUCAACAACCAAUUGCAUGACACCUCCUGCUAUAAUUAUCCCGAUUGGAAAAGCCAAGUUCAACUCGACUGUUUGCUGUUUCCUACAAGCAUCGACCAAGCCUUACGGGCCAAUACCCAUCCAUGAUUUGAACUUCUCGAGCACCAGCCACCCAACUCCAACUUUCGACUUUUGA